AUGCCUGGCUGUAUGGAGUCUGUGAACCCCGGGCUGCGGCUCUCGGCGGACCAGGCCUUAGAGCACGCCUGGAUCGCCGAGCGGGAGAAGAACGCCAAGAGCUAUGUGAACAAGGAGAUUGUGGAUGCACUGACCUCCUUCUCAGAGUCUUCGGCCUUCCGACGCGCUUGUUUGUCGGUGAUGGCCAUCUCCCUGUCCAACGAGGAGCGCGCGGAGGUGCACAAAGCCUUCCUGGAGAUCGACACGGAUCACAGCGGGCACAUCACCUUGAGCGAGCUGAGAAGUGUUUUGGAGGAGAAGUUCCACAUUGAAGAUGCCGCGGUCGCCAGGACCUUCCAGUCCUUGCAGUCGCCCAUGUCGCGUGAUGAGGUCAUCAACUACUCGGAUUUCCUGGCGGCCAUGAUGUCCACGCGCAUCGCGCUCCACGACGACAUGCUGCGCAGCGCCUUUGGGCGCUUCGACACUGACAACUCGGGCUACAUCACCAAGCAGAAGCUGCAGAUGAUGCUGGGAGACUCUCUGAGUGAGGAAGAACUGGAUGAGGUCAUGCGCGACGCAGAGCCUUGGACUCCAUCGCGUGGGGUCCACGGCCAGCGGGUGAGCUUUGUGACCAGAUGA